AUGUACAGUAUUGGAGCUGAACUUCUGCAGUUCAUGUCUGGAGUUUUGCUGAAGAAUGUGUUGUGGGAUAAAUUUAAUCACAAGGGUCGAAGGUGGACAAGCAAAGUUUUGGUGACUUCUCGAUCGAAUAUACUUCCAGCUUCUCUUUACUGCAAUAAGAUUGUUCCAUUGGAGAACAUGGAAGACGCCGAGUUCUUGGCACUCUUCAAAAACCAUGCCUUUUCUGGUGCAGAAGUCGGAGAACAUAGUUUGCGUCAGAAGCUAGAAGAGAUUGCAGAGAAGCUUGGUACUAGAUUGGGACGAUCUCCUUUGGCAGCAAAAACUGUGGGUUUACAGCUGAGCAGGAAAAAGGAUAUCACUUCAUGGAAAGAUGCUCUAAAGAAGGACAACUUCAGUGAUCCCACGAAAGCUCUGUUGUGGAGUUAUGAUAAGUUAGAUCCACAUCUCCAGAGAUGCUUUCUAUAUUGCAGCUUAUUUCCAAAAGGCCAUCGUUAUGACAUCACGGAGUUGGUUCACCUGUGGAUGGCAGAGGGAUUUAUUGAUUCGUGCAACGGGAACAAAGGAGUGGAAGAUAUUGGCAAGGAUUGCUUCAGUGAGAUGGUCUCACUUUCAUUCUUUCAACCAAUUGACUAUAGAUGUCGUACAACCUAUGUUAUGCAUGAUCUUAUUCAUGAUUUGGCACAGUCACUCUCUAAAGAGCACUGCUUCAGAUUAGAAGAUAAUAAGGUGGCAGAAAUACCAUACACUGUCCGACACUUGUCUGUUCAUGUUGAGAGUAUGAUACAGCAUAAGCAAAGCAUUUGCGAGCUACCUCAGUUACGUACUAUUAUCUGCAUUGACCCAGUUAUAGAUGAUAUAAGUGAUGUUUUCAAUCAGAUACUGAGGAAUUCGAAGUUGCGUGUACUAUAUCUGUCAUUCUACAACAGUAGCAAGUUGCCAGAAUCAAUUGAUGAGCUGAAGCAUCUUAGGUAUUUAAACAUCAUCGACACGUCAAUUUCUGAAUUGCCAAGCUCAUUAUGUACUCUUUACCACUUACAGUUCCUUAAGUUCAGUAUCAGAGUUAAGAGUUUGCCUGACAAGCUCUGCAAUUUAAAUAAGCUGUGGUAUCUUGAACGGCACGGGAGUUGGAUAGAUGAUGAUCCGUUCAACAGUGCUGUGCCUCAAGUUCCCAACAUAGGCAAGCUAACUUUGCUCCAACAACUUUUUAACUUUUCUGUGGAAAAGCAGAAGGGAUAUGAGUUGCGGCAGCUGAGGGACAUGAACGAGCUUGGUGGCUGUUUAAAUGUUACAAAUCUUGAAAAUGUCACUGCAAAGGAUGAAGCUAUAGAGUCCAACCUACACCGGAAAACUCAUCUUGAAAGUUUGCACCUUGGCUGGAUUUAUAUAGAUGACAUAAAUGUAGAGGACAGUUUACACUUGGAGAUUUUGGAAUGCCUGAUGCCUCCGCCCCGACUUAAGGGCCUCACAAUCCAAGGUUACAGAUCGGCGAAAUAUCCAGGUUGGUUUCUUCAGGAUUCAUAUUUUGAGAAUCUGGAAACCUUUAAGCUUGUUAACUGCACUGCAUUAGAACGCCUACCAACCAAUGUAGAACUCUUCAGGAAUUGCUGCUCACUUCACCUCAAGGAUAUGCCAAACCUAAAGACAUUACCUUGUCUUCCAGCAGGUCUUAAAAUGUUAUCAAUUACCAAUUGUCCACUGCUUAUAUUUGUUUCCAGUGAUGAACCAGAGCAGCAUGAUCAGUGGGAGAAUAUCAUGAAUAGAGAGCAAUUGGUAUCAAACCUUUCUUUGAUAUCGGGUAAGAGUUUUGUAUCAAAAACAAGUGACAUAAUAGCAUCGGAAUUUUCAUCUCUGGAGCAGUUAAUGGCAUUGAUGGACGAGGAUAUGCCACGUGUUGAAAACAUUAGAAGUAUUACAGAAAGAGAGGAAUUUGUGAUAGAGGAUGGCAUCAAUGCAUGGAUAUAUUGCCACAUGGAGAGGAUGGGACUCAUUUAUGGAAGAAGCAUCGGGCGGCCUCUGGUUCCACCAUCAGAACUUCACGAACUCACUCUUUCUUCAUGCAGUAUUACAGAUGGGGCAUUAGCUGUUUGCCUUAAUGGUCUUACUUUACUGAGAACUUUGUGCUUAACUCAGAUCAUGACUUUGACUACCCUUCCGUCGCAAGAGGUCCUCCAACAUUUGACAAACCUGAAGUACCUGGAUAUCAAGUCUUGCUGGUGUCUCAAGUCAUUAGGGGGUUUACGAGCUGCUACCUCCCUUUUGGAGGUCAGAUUGUUUUCCUGCCCUUCUCUAAACUUGGCACGUGGAGCAGAUGAAAUGCCAUUAUCUCUUGCGAAGCUCAAAAUAUUUUGGUGCACAGUUGGAGCUAAUUUUCUCAGUACUGGUCUCCCGCACCUGAGAGAGCUUUACAUAUUUAGCUGCAGAAGCUCUGCAUCCUUGUCGAUUGGUCAUCUCAGCUCCCUUGUAUCAUUAUCACUAUGCAGUCUACCGGAUCUAUGCAUUGUUGAAGGACUGUCUUCCCUACAACUUCACGAGUUAAAUUUACAAGUUGUCCCGAAGCUCAACGCGAAAUGCAUCGCACAGUUUCGGGUGCAGAAAUGGCUCCUUGUUAGCAGCCCUGUGAUACUCGACCACAUGCUCUCGGCUAAAGGUUUUAUAGUUCCAGAAGUUCUCUAUCUUUUUAAUUGCAAGAAGUCAUCCGUUUCAUUCGAAGAAUCUGCAAAUUUCUCAUCCCUGCGGGACCUGACAUUGGCUCAAUGUGAAAUGAGGUCCUUGCCAGGAAAUCUCAAGUGCCUGACUAGUCUGACACGACUUGGUAUCAUGGACUGUCCCAACAUAUCAUCUUUACCUGAUCUGCCAUCCUCCCUCCAACAUAUAUUUGUUUGGGGUUGUGAGCGCCUGAAGGAGAGCUGCCAAGCACCUGAUGGAGAAAGCUGGCCAAAGAUUGCGAGUAUCCGCUGCAAGGAAAUCAAAUGAACUGUGAUUUCAGAUUCACAGCUAUAAAUGAAUGCAAAGGCUGGGAGAAUGAAGCUUCGUUUUCCAACAAUCUCAAGAUCCAGCAACCUCAUCUCCACUGCCUGUCAGGAGUUGAGUGUUGGGCUGCCUCAAGCUCACUUACACUUCAACUCUGUCUGCGCUGUGGCUGGUGCGGACCCCUUGGCUCCUUUCAUCCUCGAUUGCGCUAUGCAUCGCUCUUCCACUCUUGAGGGCUCCAUUGCUGUGCUAAGAGCCCAAGACACGUGUGCCUAAGUUUGAAGCUCGUUUUAUGUUACUAUUGUGUUUUUUUUAUCCUGUCAUGGAGUGUCACUUCUGAUUUUGAUUGGUGCUGGUCAUAAAUAUUAUUUCUUGUGUGCCGAGAGUCGAUAUCUCACGAGUUCUGGAGGGUAAAAGCCCCACAAUUAUGUACAGUAUUGGAGCUGAACUUCUGCAGUUCAUGUCUGGAGUUUUGCUGAAGGUCUGAUGUGAAGCAGCUCUGAAUCAUUUUAAGAGGCUCAGGAUAUCCACAACUCAUUGUCCAGCUUUUAACCCAUUGCCAGUCAUAUCCUCCUUCGAUGAAUACAAAUCUGAAUACACUAGUAGCCCUCACAGCAGGUCUUAAUUUCUCAUCAAGCUAUGGCAAUCAGUGUCAAUCGCUUGAUUUUGCGGCCAUUCUAGAGACAGGGAGAAGUAAUCACACUCAGUCCGACCUGAGUCACUCGAGUGUAUGACGUCACUUUGUGUGGGCAUUGUCUCCCCUCUAGAGUUUGCUCAUGUGGGAUCAUUGUCUCCCCUCUAGAGUUUGCUCGUGUGGGAUCAUUGUUUGGGGACUAUGGUGACUGUUAAAAUUCCGUAGAACUAAGUGUAAAUAACUAUUUUUCAGAGAUGCUGGUCAGGGUGCACUAGCUAAUUAAUCUUGACAGAAUGUGUUGUGGGAUAAAUUUAAUCACAAGGGUCGAAGGUGGACAAGCAAAGUUUUGGUGACUUCUCGAUCGAAUAUACUUCCAGCUUCU